AUGAUUAUUAGCAACGAUUUUCGACUUCAAUUUUACGAAGAGCUUAGAAAGGAUCAUAUUCUGAUUAUUGUAAAUGCUGAUGUUGAUGCGCUAUGUGCAACUGCUAUUUUGACUCAUUUAUUUUCUUGUGACGAAGUAACUUAUACACUUAUUCCGGUUAAUUCAAUAGAAGGAUUGAAAUCAACAAUUAAAAUACAUGGUAAACAGACAAAGAAUAUUAUUUUGAUGAAUUGUGUUGGGUCAAAUUCUCUUCUUGAUUUUGAACUUCCUUCGAAUGUAAAUUUCUGGAUAAUAGAAUCAAGAAGGCCAAUUCAUUUAGACAAUAUUUUCAAUGUUGAUUCAAUCAAAGUUUUGACAGAAAGUUCAGAAUUGCCUGAAUGGAAUGUCCCUGAUGCUAAUUCUAUUUAUGAACAGGAAGAACAAUCUGGAAGUGAAAGUGGGGAAGAUGAAGAGGAGGAAGGAGAAAAUUUGUUCAGUGAUGGAGAGGAAGGAGAGGAAAAUGGAGGAGUCGAGGAACUUUUAGAUGAGAAUGACCAACAAAGUCAUCAAGAUGAAAGAAAUUCGUCAAUAAUUAAAAGACGUGGAAAACGCAAACAACUGGCUGAUAUAAUCGCUAGUAGAACACUAAAAAGACAACGGCGAACCCAAUGGAAACGGGCAAGGGGGACGAUUUUGUGGGAAUAUUAUUUGAAGUCUUGGUAUGCUCCACCGAUAUCAGUAUUUAUGUUAGAAUUAGCUCAUGAACUAGGCAAAUCUUCUGCAGAAAUAAUGUGGUGUUCUGCUGUUGGAAUUAGCAGUCAAUUUAUUGAUCAAAUUAUUUGCGUGGAAAAAUAUACUGAUAUUUGUGCGGAUCGAAUGAAACCAUUUAUUUUAAAAUUUGGACCAAGAUCGGGUGCUUUGACUGACCAAAAUAGAAAUCACUUGACUGUCAGCUUUAAAGAAGAGUUUUGUUUUUAA